UGGAUAAACGAGCGUUCGCAUGGAAUGUCAAAUCGGAAAGAAGAAGCAUAUCGUAUACAAAUUAAACAAAUUUAACGCGCUUAACAAAACCUUGUGAAAUGGAAAUGUCCGAGGACUCAGGCACUGCUGCAGAUGCAGUUGCUCCGCCGGCGGAGAAGGUAUCCAAGCUGACCAAUGCCCAAAAGGCGCGAAUCGAGAGGAAUCUGGCGAAGGCGCAGAAAUUGCGAGAGGCUAAGUUGGUUUUGCAUCCAUUUAAGGACCUGGCCAGCAACAAGGAUGGAGGCUUGCACCCGGAGGCUGCACUCAGCCAGGGUAGCUCUGUGAUCAAGGUGCAGGGCACCAAGUACAUAGACAGUGGCGGGGGAUUCCUGCUGGAGCAGCCUGUCCUGCCCACAAAUGGGCAGCCGGGUCUAAACAAAUCCGGAGGAGAGGAGACCCCUGUUAUUCUGGACGAUGCCAUCGCCAUACCCGUGCAGUACGAGGAGUGUUUGGAAUGCGGCGACCAGUACGCCGACUCCUAUCUGUUCAACAACUUUGGGCACUCGGUGUGCGACAAGUGCCGGGACAACGAUGGCCGCCACGCCCUGAUCACCCGUACGGAGGCCAAAGCGGAGUAUCUGCUCAAGGACUGCGACUUCGACAAGCGAGAACCAAAGCUGCGCUUCAUCAGUCGCAAGAAUCCGCACAACGUGCGCUGGGGCGAGAUGAAGCUGUAUCUCCAUCUGCAGAUCCAGAAGCGCGCCCUGGAGGUCUGGGGCAGCGAGGAGGAGCUGGUGCGCCAGCACGAGUCUCGCGAGGACAAGCGCGAGGUGGGCAAGGCGCGCAAGUACAACAAGCAGAUGAAGCAGCUGCGCAUGGAGGUGCGCAGCAGCAUCUACACCAAGAAGACGCACGCCAUCCACGAGCACGAGUUCGGACCGGACACCCAUAACGAGGAGGAGGACACCUACACGCACACCUGCCUCACCUGUCCGUACAGCGAGACGUAUGAGAAGAUGUAGAGCUUCUAGUUGAUCACAUCAGGCAGCUUUUCUUGGUCGGUCUAGAUCUCCAAUUUUGUAGUUUGUAAGCUGAAGCCCAUCGAAAAGGUUUGCCCACUUAAUGCAUUGAAUACUUGAAUACUUGAUUAUUAUAUAUAAAAACUAAGCAGUUAUUUUUCAGUUUUUUUUUGUUUAUAUUAUAUAGAGUCUGUUAUAAACAAAGAAUUUUUAGAAUCAUUUUGAAUUAUUUUGAAAUAUUGCCUUGUAAAACAUUAAACAUUAGUGAAAAGGAGUGAAUCCCUGUAAUAUUUCAACAGAAUGGAAUGAAUCUUAUGCAUUAAUGCAUGAACAAAAAGAUACCAGUUUAGAUUUUAUAUAUUCUGUUAUAAACGAAGAAUUUUAAAAAUCAUUUUUAAUUGCUUUGAAAUUUUGUGUUGUAAGACAUUAAAAUUAAGCGAAAAAGAAGUGAAUUCCUACUAUGUUUCUACAGAAUAAAUGAACAACAAUUAUAUAACAUUCCUUUUUUUUUUUUUUUAUUAUUUUUUAAGAUCGGUCAUAAUCCUAUUUUAUUUAUAAAAUAUUUAAGAUAUUUGAAUAUUCUUUUGAAAUGAAAGCCCUGGAAAUAAA